AUGGCGAUCCCGAUAGCCUCUGAUUAUACAAACGGCGGCAUUGGGCUGAAGAAGCAGAGCCACCCAAGUCCCAUUGCUUUCGCUCACGUCGUGCUAAGAACUACAGAGGACAACUUCAAACCUAUGGUGGACUUCUAUGUGGAUAUGUUGCAAGCUGAGGUCAUCUGCGAAGCAGAAGAAUUCUCCAUGUUACGAUACGACUUUGAGCACCAUCGAAUCGCCAUAGUAAAGAUGCCCCAAGUCACACCGCAGGAGGCGAGCCCUUUCACAGCAGGCCUCGAGCACACGGCAUACACCUAUGAAACCUUGACCGACCUCGCGAUGACAUACCGAGCUCUGAAAGAGCGCGAGAAAUCCAUCACUCCGCUCUGGUGUGUGAACCACGGAAUGACGACCAGCAUGUACUAUCGGGACCCCGAUGGUAACAAGGUGGGGCUACAGGUUGACAACUUCGAUACCGCUGAAGAGGCCGACGCAUUCAUGCGAGGACCACUGUUCAUCUCAAAUCCCAUAGGGACCGACUUCGACCCUGACGAGUGGUCGGGUGAAAUUUUGAGUAAGAUGCGGGAGGACGGCUCGGAAGGACUGUCGGCAGAGGAGGUUAGGCGAAUCAAGACCAGGAAGGAGAUUGAUGCUAGGUCCAGAGUGCCCGGCUUCGUGUAUGGCCUUGCGAAUUGA